AUGGCCGGCAAGGCAGGGACUAUAGACUGCCUCACCUGUUGUGUUCGGGCAGGUUAUGUACUAUUGGACGACGGACCUCUAUGUGUGAAGAAACACGACAAUGCCUUAACAUGGAACGACGCAAAGACGCAGUGUGAACAAGAUCAUGGCCGACUUGCCGUUAUUGACAACGCUCAAAAGUUUGAGGCAUUUGUCAAUUAUUUAGAGAAUAUAACCUCUGCAGUAUUAUGGAUAGGUAUCAACGACAAGGACAGCGAUGGAUCAUGGGUAUGGCUUAAUGGGGCCAGCCUUAUCACCGCCUACUUGACAUCCUAUCAAAUCAACAACUACAGUAGCGGGUAUUCGGGGAAUAAGUAUACCGCCGACUGCGCCUGGAUAUCUGAAGAUGGGCAUCUUGCUGAUGAUAAUUGUCUUAUGACAAAGUCAUAUAUGUGUUGUGUCCGAGCCGGAUUUGAAUUUUUACAGGACGGACACAUCUGUGUGAAAAUAUUUACCGAUGCCGUCGACUGGGACGACGCCAAGGCGAGUUGUGAAAUGAACCAUGGUCGACUCGUCAUCAUCGACACAGAACAAAAAUUGAACGCACUUUCCGAGUAUCUAGGAAACAUGGUCUAUGACCACGAACGUCUGUGGAUUGGCGCCACAGAUUCGGCAAACGAGGGUAACUGGGUGUGGUUGAACGGGGAGGGGGUCGACCAAACCUACUGGGACGACGUCAAACUAAACGAUUUUUGCAUAGAAAGAUUGUUCGCUAACUCCGCUGAUUGUGGUAGAAUAGUGGAUAAGGAUCUCAGCGAUGAUCACUGCAGUCUUGAUCAGAAGUACGUCUGUGAGAGGACCGACAUCGUAUAG